AUGGAAGCAUCCUUUGUGCUUCCAUGCAAAUGGUGUACCCACUUGCAAGGGCUUCUGCUCACAGCCUCAUUUUUAACCUGUUGUCACCUGCCUGCCACUGCCCAAAUAACUAUUGAAUUAGUGCCACCACAUGUGAUUGAAGGAGAAAAUGUUCUCAUACGUGUCAACAAUAUGCCAGAGAAUCUUACAACCUUAGCCUGGUUCAGAGGAAUGAGGAUUAAGAGCCCUCAAAUUGGACAAUAUACACUGGCCACUAAUGUUACUGUGCUGGGGCCUGGUCACAGUGGUAGAGAAACUUUGUACAGCAAUGGAUCCCUGCAGAUCUACAAUGUCACCCAGGAGGAUGUAGGAUUCUACAGCCUACGAAUCAUGAAUAAACAUGCACAAAUUGUGUCAAUAACAUCCAUAUACCUCAACGUGUACUCAUCUCUUUGGACAUGUGAGCACCCUUCUCCCCAUGCCAAGCUCACCAUUGAAUCAGUGCCGCCCAGCAUUUCUGAAGGGGGAAGUGUUCUUCUACUGGUUAAAAAUCUCCCCCAAAACCUUCUAUCCCUUUUCUGGUACAAAGGAGUUAUUGCAGUGAAGAAAUUUGAGCUUGCCAGACACAUAAAAGCCACAAAUUCAAGUGUUCCAGGGCCUGCACACACUGGUCGCGAGACAGUAUACAACAAUGGAUCCCUUCUGCUACAGGAAGUUAUGCAGAAUGAUACUGGAUUCUAUACUCUACGAACUAUGAGUACAGAUCUGAAAGAUGAAGUAGCACAUGUGCAACUGUUCAUGGACACAUCCCUUUCUACUUGCUACCAACUUUCUCAAGUCAAAAUUGAAUCACUUCCUCAAAAAGUUGCUAUAGGGAAAAGUGUUCUUCUUCUGGUUCACAAUUUGCCUGAAGACUUUCAAGCAUUUUUCUGGUACAAAUCAGCAUAUAGAAGAGAUACAUAUAAAAUUGCAGAAUACAGCAGAGCCAUGGAUGCCACCAUUAUGGGGAGUGCAUACAGUUUAAGAGAGUUUAUAUACAACAAUGGAUCCAUGCUGAUAAUUGAUGUCACUGAGGAUGAUGCAGGAUUCUUUAUGCUAGAAAUUUUAAGAAAAGAUUUCAAGAUUGAGAAAGCCCACAUUCAACUCCAUGUAAAUAGCUUUGUUCCAAACUCCAAGGACUCUGGCUCCACUGCAAGUCUCAGUAUAGAAUCAGUGCCACCCAGCAUUGCUGAAGGGGAAAGUGUUCUUCUACUGGUUCACAAUCUCCCAAAAAAUCUUCUAUCCCUUUUCUGGUACAAAGGGGUGAUUGCAGAGGAGAAAUCUGAGCUCAUACAACACAUAAUAGCCACAAGUUCAAGCUUGCCAGGGCCUGCACACAGUGGUCGAGAAACAGUGUACAGCAAUGGAUCCCUGCUCCUCCAGAGGGUCAUGCACAAUGAUACUGGAUUCUAUACUCUACGAACUAUGAGUACAGAUCUGAAAGAUGAAAUAGCCCAUGUGCAACUCCAGCUGGACACUUCUACUUGCUGUAAUCGUCUCAGCUCUGACCAACUCAUAAUUGAACCAGUGCCUUGGAAUAUUGCUGUAGGGAAAAGUGUUCUUCUCCUUGUUUGUAACGUGCCAGAAGAUGUUCAGACAUUUUUCUGGUACAAAUCAGUGUAUAGAACAGAUAUUUUUAAAAUUGCUGAAUAUAGCAGAGCCAUGGAAUCCACAAUCUGGGGGCUUGCUCACAGUGGAAGAGAGAUGGUGUACACUAAUGGAUCCCUGCUGAUCCAGAAUGUCACUGAGCAUGAUACAGGAUUGUAUAUGUUAGAAAUUUUACAUAAGGACUUCAAACUUGAGAGAGCACACGUGCAAGUCCAUGUAAAUACCCCUGUUUCAUGGCCUUUUGUGCGAGUGACUGACACCACAGUCAGAGUACAGAGCUCAGUAGUCUUCACUUGCUUCUCAGCUGACCCUGGUGUCUCCAUCCGUUGGCUCUUCAAUAAGCAGAGUCUGCAUCUCACAGAGAGAAUGACACUUUCCCCAUCAAAGUGCCAACUCAGCAUAGAUCCCGUCCGGAGGGAGGAUGCUGGAAAGUAUCAAUGUGAGGUCUCCAACCCAGUCAGUUCAAAGUCCAGUCUCCCAGUCUGUCUGUCUGUGAUGGAAGAGUGA